ACGAUCCAGCAUCCAGCGAAUUACUCUCUCUCUCUCUCUCUCAUGGCGACGGACCCCAACACUGAAGGCGGCGUGAACCCUAAACCCGCCGAGGAAAGACUCCGACACUACGUCGGAUCGGAGAUCGAGGAUACUGCCGAUGCCCGAGACGGCGAAGAGGAGGAGGAUGAGGAGGAGGAGGAGGAGGAAGAAGAAGAGGAGGAGGCGCGGGAAGUAGGGAUGCGCUCCGCCCCAAGGAAGGAGAAGCUCAAACGCGCCUUUCGGCGCCUCUCGCAGGGUCCGGUGCGCAUCCGCGUCCACGAUGUUAUCAUCCGAGGCAACGCCAAGACCAAGGACGCCCUCAUCGAGGCCGAGGUCUUCGACGCCUUCCGAUCCGCUUCCACCAUGCAGGAGCUUCUCCAGGCUGCUAACUUCGCCAACACCCGCCUCCGCCGGUUAGAUAUCUUCGAUUCCGUCUCCAUCACGCUCGAUUCGGGCCCCGCUGAGCUUCCUGGCACCGCCAAUGUCGUCAUCGAUAUCGUCGAGGUUAAGAACCCGCUCACGGGUGAUCUUGGGGUGUACACAAAGCCGGAGGCUAGAUCUUGGUCACUUGAAGGGUCACUGAAACUUAAGAACUUGUUAGGCUAUGGGGAUAUUUGGGAUGCUUCUGGGGCUUACGGUUUUGAUCAAACAUCAGAGAUUAGUGUUGGAGUGGCCUUACCCAGAUUUAAAGCAAUUUCAACUCCCAUCACAACUCGAAUUUCAUUACUUUCUCAAGAUUGGUUGAAAUUUUCUUCAUACAAGGAACAUCUGCUAGGCCUCUCUGUUGGUCUAAUAUCAACUAAAAAGCAUGACCUUGCUUACAGUCUCACAUGGCGUAAUUUACUUGACCCAUCACGCAUGUCAUCAAAGGCAAUUCGGAGCCAAUUAGGGCAUAGUCUUCUCUCUUCCAUUAAAUACACAUACAAAAUUGAUCACAGAGAUUCAAAUGUGAGGCCAACACGUGGGUAUGCUUUCCAGUCAUCGUCUCACAUUGCCGGUCUUGGACCAGAUAGUAAACUUCUUCGAUUUUUUAGGCAGGAGUUUGAUCUCAGAGGUGCAAUUCCUUUAGGAUUCUACAACACUGCACUCAAUUUUGGAGUUGCAGCAGGUGCCAUAGUGCCAUGGGUGGGGUAUACAAAUUCAACUACGCCAUUGCCCGAGCGGUUCUAUAUGGGUGGUCAUUCGUCUCCUAUCUGUGGUCUGGGUGGACCUACUUCUCUGUUGGGUUUCAAACAAAGAGGCUUAGGCCCAAUGGAUCUGCGACGAGUACUUUCACCUAAACAAAGUCAAGAUGAAGCUACAGCCUCUUCCGGUGGGGGUGAUGCUUCAGGAAGCAUUGCCUCUCCAGGCCGAGAUGCCAUUGGAGGUGAUCUGGCAGUCACUGCCUUUGCUGAUCUUUCAUUCGAUCUGCCUCUAAAGGUGUUCCAAGAUGCAGGAGUUCAUGGUCACGUAUUUGUAAAUGCUGGGAACCUAGUUAUGUUAUCUGAGGAAUUGACAAAUUUCUCCUUCCAGAGAUUCUUGCAUACCUUUCGGAGCUCUGCUGGGUUUGGCAUAAUCUUCCCUACUAGAUUUUUUCGCAUGGAGAUCAACUACUGUUACAUACUGAAACAGUUCCAACAUGAUCACGGGAAGACAGGCAUACAGUUCAGUUUCUCCACUUAAUAGGCUCUACCUUUGCCAUUUUUGUGCGUUUUUCAAGUUCGAGCUUGCCUGGACUUGGUUGGCAGACUAAACGAGUCAAAUAGGAAAGACAAGUAGCUUGAGAGGAUCAAACAAGAUGGCCUAUGUAGUCAGACCAAGCAGGACGAAUGAGUUUGGUUGGAUAAGCCAGUGGAGCAAAGUGAAUAGGUCUGAUAAAUUAGAUAAAUAGUGAGUGUUGGAGAUAGUUAAACUUUGGGGGAUAUUUGAAGACCUCUUUGUAUGGGGAAGAGAUAAUAGUGAUUGUCGGACAAA